AUGUCCAUCCUAGAAAAGUUUAAACACCUUGAAAUACAAAUAGAAGCAAUAGAAUCAGCAACCAACAAUUUUUCUGUCGACCAUCUCAUAGGGGAAGGGGGAUUUGGUAAAGUUUACAAGGGAGAACUCCUCCUAUCAAAGGGGCAGACCAUAGUUGCUAUAAAACGCUUAGAUCGUAAUAUGGGGCAAGGAGACUCCGAGUUUUGGAAGGAGGUAAUCAUGCUUUCCAUUUACAAGCACCCAAAUAUUGUCUCCCUAUUAGGGUAUUGUGAUGAAAAUGAUGAGAAGAUCCUUGUGUACGAGUUUGCAUCCAAUAAGAGUCUUGACUUGCAUCUCGGCAACAAGGAUCUAACGUGGGUUCCACGCCUCAAAAUAUGCAUUCAGGUGGCUCGCGGACUUGCAUACCUUCAUAAUCCUGCUGGAACCCAACAAAGAGUUUUGCAUCGGGAUAUUAAAAGUUCUAAUAUCUUGUUAGAUGAAAACUGGAAUGCAAGGAUUGCGGAUCUUGGUCUAUCAAAAUUUGGUCCAGCUAACCAACCAUACACGUUUGUUAUCUCCAAUAAUAUUGCGGGCACAAUUGGGUAUUGUGAUCCCCAAUAUCUUGGGACUGGGAUACUAACAAAGGAAUCAGACGUGUACUCUUUUGGUGUGGUGUUGUUUGAAGUUUUGUGUGGGAGGUUGUGUUUAGGCCAAAACGAUAAGAUGCACUCAUAUAUCAAUGACGAGAGGAUCGUGAAGAAGCUUAGGUUGUCAAAGGUCCUCACUAUGUCGGAUGAAACCUCUGUGUUAGAUGUUUGUAAGAGAAUGGCAGCUCGUCGUGUUAAUGUGGCGAUAUUUACAGAUACUAAUAGUUUGCUUUGUGGAAUAGUCACCGGCAAGGAUAUAGCAACUAAAGUUGUUGCAGAAAAACUAAGCCCACACCAAACAACAAUAUCAAAAGUUAUGACAAAAAAUCCUAUUUUUGUCUCUUGUGAUUCUUUGGCAAUGGAUACCCUUCAGAAGAUGAUCCGAGGAAAAUUUAGGCAUCUCCCAGUUGUUGAAAAUGGUGAAGUUAUUGCAUCAUUGGAUAUUGAAAACUGCCUCUAUGAUGUUAUAUAUGGAAUUGAAAAAACUGUGGAACGCGAAUCGGAAAAUAAUUUGACUGCACCUUCUACUUUUGUGGAGACGCUAAGUGACCAAAAGUUCCGGUCCUCUUUGUCAACCAUCGUUACCGAAAAUUCCAAGGUCGCAAUUGUUAUGGCAUCAGAUCCAGUUUAUGUUGCUGCUAAAAGGAUGAAGGAAUUGCAAGUUAGUUCUGUUAUAAUUAUGGCUGGAAACAUUAUUCAGGGCAUAUUAACUUCCAAGGAUCUACUCAUGCGAGUUGUGGCACAAAAUCUUCCUCCUGAGUUGACAUUUGUUGAAAAGGUUAUGACACCAAAUCCAAAAUGUGCAACGGUGGACACAACGAUUCUUGAGGCACUACAUAUAAUGCAUGAUGGGAAAUUCUUACAUCUUCCUGUUAUAGACAAAGAUGGAAGCGUUGUAGCAUGUCUAGAUGUCCUCCAAAUAACUCAUGUGGCUAUUUCGACGGUCUCUAGUAUUCCUCCACCACCUAGCCUAUAUGAUGUAGGUUCUACAACUUCUCCUAACCAAAGGCGCCAGGGGUCUCCUACGAAUCAUGUAGGCUAUUCAAAUACACGUGGCGAGAGGAUGGUGAAAAUGUUUAGGUUGUCAAAGGUCCUCACAAUGCCGGAUGAAACCCCUGUGUUAGAUGUUUGUAGGAGAAUGGCAGCUCGUCGUGUUAAUGUCGCGAUAUUUACAGAUGCUAAUAGUUUGCUUUGUGGAAUAGUCACCGGAAAGGAUAUAGCAACUAGAGUUGUUGCAGAAAAACUAAGCCCACACCAAACUAUAGUAUCAAAAAUUAUGACAAAAUAUCCUAUUUUUGUCUCUUCUGAUUCUUUGGCAAUGGAUACCCUUCAGAAGAUGAUCCAAGGAAAAUUUAGGCAUCUCCCAGUUGUUGAAAAUGGUGAAGUUAUUGGAUCAUUGGAUAUUAAAAAGUGCCUCAAUGAUGUUAUAUCUGGAAUUGAAAAAACUGUGGAACGCGAAUCAGGAAAUAAUUUGACCGCACCUUCUACUUUUGUGGAGACGCUAAGUGACCAAAAGUUCCAGUCCUCUUUGUUAACCAUCAUUACCGAAAAUUCCAAGGUCGCAAUUGUUAUGACAUCAGAUCCAGUUUAUGUUGCUGCUAAAAGGAUGAAGGAAUUGCAUGUUAGUUCUGUUAUCAUUAUGGAUGGAAACAUUAUUCAGGGCAUAUUAACUUCAAAGGAUCUACUCAUGCGAGUUGUGGCACAAAAUCUUCCUCCUGAGUUGACAUUUGUUGAAAAGGUUAUGACACCAAAUCCAAAAUGUGCAACGGUGGACACAACGAUUCUUGAGGCACUACAUAUAAUGCAUGAUGGGAAAUUCUUACAUCUUCCUGUUUUAGACAAGGAUGGAAGCGUUGUAGCAUGUCUGGAUGUCUUCCAGAUAACUCAUGUGGCUAUUUCGAUGGGGUUGUUUGAUUGGUAGCCUCUUAAUGGCUCUGCAUCUGAAUGGUUCGAGCGUUGGAUAUGCUUCCCAUUACCUCCGACCGAAUCAUAGAUGGCGCUUUUUGGCUCUGAGCGGAUCUGAAUGGAUAAAAAAAGUGCCUUCAAUUUCUGCAAUAUAUUUUCUGAAAAAUUAGAACUCUGGAAUCUAUUUUCUGAACCUUCAAUUUCUGUCUAUACUUGAAAUGUUUGAACCUUCAAUUUGUAUUUUCUGAAGAUUGAACCUUCAAUUUAUGAAACCAG